AUGCCAAAUCCGUAUGACGAAAAGAGCUAUCCUGAUGCGGUAUUUGCAUCGAUGGGGAUGUUUAUAAUUGACGAAAUCCACUUUCCGAACAAGCCAUCGCAGUACAAUGUUAUUGGAGGAGGUGGAACGUUCAGUAUUCUCGGAUCGAGGAUGGUUCUGACGAAGCAGAACUCUCUUAGAGCAGGUUGGAUUCUUGAUAUCGGCAAUGACUUCCCACAGCAAAUGCUUGGAGUGCUUCAAAGCUGGAAUACUGGGGUUAUUAUGAGGUACAACUCGCAGCGUCAAUGUUCUCGUGGUUGGAACAUGUAUGGAGACAACGAUCUCAGAUCGUUUAAGUAUUUGACGCCGAAACUGCGAAUUGACGUUCCUGAUAUAAUAAAGCACAGCAAUUUGUUGCAUUCAAAAUCUUAUCACUUACUUUGCUCUCCUGAAAGGUGUACCGAGAUUCUUGGCAAGCUGCGCCCGUUGAGACCAGAAGAACCAGUGAUAGUGUGGGAGCCUAUUCCGGAUGACUGCAACCCACAGACCUUACCUCGGUGUUUGAACAUCCUCAAAGAGGUGGAUAUACUCUCCCCGAAUGCCCAAGAGGCUGCGGCGUUCUUCGGACUUGAAGAGCCCACAGACCAUUUAUCUAUAGAGACCAUAGCAGAUAGGUUUCUGCCAUAUAUGACCAAGAACAAAAACGCUGGUGUUGUUCUGAGAUGUGGAGCCUUGGGAUGCUUUGCUGUCAGCCGUUCAGGGUUUCGCGAAUGGUUCCCCGCUUACCAUUCGGAUGCUGCCGCAAAUGACUAUAAAGUGAUAGAUCCCACUGGUGGUGGUAACACAUUCAUUGGUGCUCUUGCCACUGCAUACGUUCUUUCCCAAGGGGACUGGAAAGUUUCAUGUGUUGCUGCCAAUAUUGCAAGUGGAGCUGCCAUUGAGCAGAUUGGAAUGCCAGAAUUGGAGGAUGAUACUUGGAAUGGGACCAGCUUCCCAGAUAGGGUGAGGGUGUAUUUAGAUAGACAUCCCGAACUAAGUGCCGGCGCAGACCAAAUUUUGGACAAGCUUGGGACUCAAGGACUCCAGAAUUAA